UUUAUUGGAGUAAGCACUAACAAUGUGAUUUGGUUCACGUGAAAAAACCAAGGCCCCCAAUAUAUGUGUGUUACUAUAUAUAUUAAUUAGUUUGAGCUUCAGUGAAACUACUUGCACAUCUCCAGAAACAUUAAACAUUAUACUUCUCUUUUUGUGUUGUUAGACAUAAUGAAAACAGCAAGUGUUCUUUCCAGUGGUACCAACUACUCAACCAUCCCUGAAAUUUACGUUCAACCUGAAUUCAAAAGACCCCGCAUGUCUGAAGUUGUUGAUUGCGAAGAUCUUGUUCCAGUUAUCGAUAUGUCUUGCACUAACAGGAACAUUAUCGUUCAUCAAAUUGGCGAAGCUUGUCGUCUUUAUGGGUUUUUCCAGGUAAUAAAUCACGGUGUAACAAAGAAGGUAAUGGAUGAAAUGCUAGGGGUAUCUCAUGAAUUUUUCAAGCUUCCAGUGGAGGAGAAGAUGAAAUUGUACUCAGAUGAUCCAUCAAAGACUAUGAGGUUAUCAACUAGUUUUAAUGUGAACACUGAAACUGUUCAUAAUUGGAGAGAUUAUCUUAGGCUGCACUGUUAUCCUUUGGACAAAUAUGCCCCUGAAUGGCCUUCUAAUCCUCCUUCUUUCAGGGAAAUAGUGAGCAAAUAUUGCAUGGAAGUUCGACAAGUUGGAUAUAGAUUGGAAGAAGCAAUAUCAGAGAGCCUAGGCCUUGAGAAAGAUUGUAUUAAAAAUGUAUUGGGUGAACAAGGUCAACAUACGGCUAUCAAUUUUUACCCUCAGUGUCCACAACCUGAACUAACUUAUGGGCUACCAGCCCAUACAGAUCCAAAUGCAAUUACAAUUCUUCUUCAAGAUUUGCAAGUGGCUGGUCUCCAAGUUCUCAAGGAUGGAAAAUGGUUAGCCAUUAAACCUCAGCCUAAUGCCUUAGUCAUCAAUCUUGGUGAUCAAUUGGAGGUACUGAGUAAUGGAAAGUACAAAAGUGUAUGGCAUAGAGCUAUUGUAAAUUCAGAGCAAGCAAGGAUGUCUGUGGCUUCUUUCCUCUGUCCCUCUAAUACUUCCAUAAUCAGUGCUCCAAAAGCCUUAACUGAAGAUGGAUCUUCUGCCAUUUAUCGGGAUUUCACUUAUACUGAAUAUUACAACAAAUUCUGGAGCAGGAAUUUAGACCAGGAACAUCAUUUAGAACUUUUCAAGAAAGCUGGAACCUAGUACUAUGAGUUCAACUACUUUUGUAUCGACCUAAGUGUGAUUGUCACACAGUUACCGUUCCAUCAGGUCAUCUAAUAAAUGUGUUAGGAUAUUAUACAACGACAGUAUAAGUUAUUUUUAUAGCUGCCCUUAUGUGUGAUUUUGUAACGCAACUACUGAUCAAUCGAGCGGGCAAUCUAAUAAAUGUGUUAGCAGAUUUAUACAAUAA